AGCUGGGGUAAGGCCAACUCCACCAUGGAGUUAGUGGUGAAGCAGGAAGGAAGACGGGGAUGGGGGUAUCAGACACCGGACGGCUGAUCCAGGAAGGGCUCUGGUGACAGACCCCGCGGCCCCCGCCCCGCCCCGCCGCAUAUUCAGGCGGCCCGGCCCGCCCCGUCCGAGAGCAGCCAGCGCCGCCGCUCCGGGAGCCUCUGCGGGCCGGUACGAGCGUGCACCCGACCACCCGUCCUCCGCGACCCCACCGCCCGCCAUGGCCGCCGCGGCCGCCCCCCGCAGCCUCCUGCUGCUCCUCCAGGUGCUCGGGCUCGCGCUGGCGCAGAUCAGAGGUCCGCCAGGAGAACUGGGGCCCCCGGGCCCCCCAGGGCCGCCGGGAGUGCCUGGAUCUGACGGCAUCGACGGUGACAAGGGGCCCCCCGGGAAAGCUGGCCCUCCGGGACCUAAGGGAGAGCCUGGCAAAGCGGGGCCGGAUGGGCCGGACGGGAAGCCUGGGAUUGAUGGUCUAACUGGAGCCAAGGGGGAGCCUGGCCUCAUGGGGAUCCCUGGAGUCAAGGGCCAGCCUGGGCUCCCAGGUCCCCCUGGCCUGCCGGGCCCUGGCUUUGCUGGACCUCCUGGGCCACCCGGACCUGUUGGCCUCCCGGGCGAGAUUGGAAUCACAGGCCCCAAGGGGGAUCCUGGACCAGAGGGGCCAUCGGGGCCCCCGGGGCCACCUGGCAAACCGGGCCGACCCGGAACCAUCCAGGGCCUGGAAGGCAGCGCGGAUUUCUUGUGUCCAACCAACUGUCCAGCGGGGGUGAAAGGCCCCCCAGGGCUGCAGGGAGUAAAGGGGCAUCCUGGCAGACGCGGGGCUCUGGGAGAUUCUGGCCGCCAGGGGAAGCCGGGUCCCAAGGGAGACGUGGGUGCCUCUGGAGAGCAAGGCAUCCCUGGACCACCGGGUCCCCAGGGCAUCAGGGGCUACCCGGGCAUGGAGGGACCCAAAGGAGAGACGGGUCCUCAUGGGUACAAAGGCAUGGUGGGCUCCAUUGGUGCCGCCGGGUCACCAGGUGAGGAAGGUCCGCGGGGGCCACCAGGCCGAGCCGGAGAGAAAGGCGAUGUGGGCAGCCCAGGUGUUCAAGGACCCCAGGGAAUAACAGGCCCGAAGGGAGCAACCGGCCCCCCAGGCAUCGAUGGCAAGGACGGGUCCCCAGGCACACCUGGCAUGAAGGGCAGUGCAGGACAGGCCGGGCGGCCAGGAAACCAGGGCCACCAGGGCCUGGCGGGUGUGCCGGGCCAGCCUGGGACAAAAGGAGACCCAGGAGACAAGGGUGAACCAGGCCAGCAGGGCCUCCCUGGAUUCUCUGGUCCUCCUGGGAAGGAGGGAGAGCCGGGACCUCCAGGAGAAAUCGGACCCCGAGGCAUCGUAGGGCAGAAGGGUGACCAGGGUGAGAGGGGGCCGGGGGGGCAGCCAGGCCCUCAAGGACGGCAGGGCCCCAAGGGGGAGCAGGGGUCCCCCGGAAUUCCAGGGCCCCAAGGCUUGCCAGGCAUCAAGGGAGACAAGGGCUCCCCAGGGAAGACCGGCCCCCGCGGCAGCGUGGGCGACCCGGGGGUGGCCGGCCUCCCGGGAGAGAAGGGCGAGAAGGGCGAGUCUGGCGAGCCGGGGCCCAAAGGACAGCAAGGAGUCCGCGGAGAACCCGGCUACCCCGGCCCCAGCGGGGAUGCGGGCGCCCCGGGGGUGCAGGGCUACCCCGGGCCCCCAGGCCCUCGAGGACUGGCUGGAGACCGAGGCGUGCCGGGACUGCCCGGGAGACAGGGCGUGGCGGGCCGAGACGCCAGUGACCAGCACAUCGUGACCGUGAUGAUGAAGAUGAUGCAAGAGCAACUGGCAGAGGUCGCUGUGAGUGCCAAGCGGGAGGCCCUGGGUGCAGUCGGGAUGGUGGGUCCUCCAGGACCCCCUGGGCCUCCUGGGUACCCAGGCAAGCAGGGACCCCAUGGGCACCCUGGCCCUCGGGGCGUUCCUGGCAUCGUGGGCGCCGUGGGUCAGAUUGGCAACACAGGGCCCAAGGGAAAACGUGGAGAGAAGGGUGACCAGGGAGAGAUGGGACGCGGGCACCCCGGGAUGCCUGGGCCCCCGGGGAUCCCCGGACUCCCUGGCCGGCCCGGCCAGGCAAUCAACGGCAAGGAUGGAGCUCGAGGGUCCCCAGGGGCCUCGGGAGAAGCAGGCCGACCAGGUCUGCCAGGCCCCGUGGGGCUGCCAGGCUUCUGUGAGCCUGCGGCCUGCCUUGGAGCCUCAGCCUACGCCCCUGCACGCCUCACGGAGCCUGGAUCCAUCAAAGGGCCAUGAGCAUGAGGCCAGGACAGAGCCUGGCGGGCAUCCUGGGGGGAGAGGACUAGGUUCCCUCUGGGUGGACACACAUCCCAUCGCUCAGACCAGGAAGCCAGCUUUCCCAGAACCUUCCAUCUGGGCCCCUGGAGUCCUGAGGAGAAGGAAAUUCUAAAACGUGGGGGAAGGGAAGGGAGGACAUUGGAAUGAAAAGGUGGAGGCCAACGGACAGGGCAAGUGUCACUGGAGAGUCCCAGCUCCCAAGAGAUGGGUGGUUUUCCUUCCCAGAACCUGACUCAGAAGUUACCAAAACAAACGUCUCCUUAAUCUGUGCCAUCCUCCAGUUGCUACCCUCUUUGGGGUAUGGGUCCCUGACCCCACCUCGCUCCCCUGGACUUUCUGGGUGACUGCUGCUGGGUGACUACCCCGAGGUGGCCAUCCUGAAGCCAGCCCCACUACUUCCUCCCUGCCUUCCUCCCAUCUGAGUAUUUAAACACCCAUCCCCCUUCUCUUCCUGGCAGCACCCCCUCCCACCUACCCACCCACCCACCCCGAGAUCCACCCAGGCCUUUCUGUAAAUAAAAGCCCCUGACUUGGGUACAAAC